AUGGAGUCCGCCAUUCGCUGGUCCCCGACCUCGUCGGCCACUGAACAACGCUUCCUGUCAGUCGACGUCACGGGGAAAUCGUUUCGACUGUGUAGGGUGACUGGGUUUGACGGCAAAAAUCUACGCCAUGAAGUUCUCUCUACCCUGACCAAUGUCCCUGGGUUUCGCGCAUUCGACUGGUCUACUUCAAAUGAGAACCUGAUCGCCGUGGGUCAAUCGUCUGGGGAGGCCACCAUUCUACGCCUCGAUGGGGAUGCCAAGGAAUCUCUUUCAUUCCCAGUCCGCAACCAACGGUACUGCAAUGCAGUUGCAUUUAGUGCACACGGUCUUGUGGCGGCGGGUCUCGAUCGCGUUCGGAACGACUUUUGUUUGAACAUUUGGGAUGUGAACCAACGACUCAGUCCUGCUGGUGGAAGUAAAGGAUUUACUGAACCUUUGCGGAAGCUCGCCAGCUCAGAGCCUAUCACUAGUAUCAAGUUUUUCCGAGACCAGCCUGAUACGAUCGUGACUGGUGUCAAAGGCCAAUUUGUUCGGAUCUAUGAUCUAAGAGAGGGGCCUGGAAAUCCAUCAUUACAAUUUCCCACUCGGUGUGUCCAUAAUCUAGCUAUUGACUGGCUUGAUGAGAACUAUAUUGCGUCUUGCAUUCCAUCAAACGAAAGCACCAUCUGCGUGUGGGACCGUCGCGUUGGAUCUCGACUGGCAUCUCCAUCAAUGGGGUCUUCUGCCGGCGCCGCAGAGAUAGGUCAAGCGACACCUGCUUUGGAACUCAAAAAUGUUUUCCAUCCUAAGUCUUCCAUCUGGAGCUUGCGCUUCUCACGGACAAACCGAGGCAGUCUCGCUGCGCUGUCCAGCAGCGGCCAUUUCAAGAAUUAUGACAUUGCUAAGGACUACUUGCCGGAGGAGUAUCGCUCUUCGAUAGACGAGACCCUUGGUCAGGGAUCUUCCAGGAAUUACCCAGAAUCAGUAUACACCAAGCACGUGCGGGAUGUAUGCGUACCAUUUGAUAAUCCCACUCGUGGCUACAAAGAAAAGGACCGGAUUGUUUCAUUCGAUUCUCUGAAUCUUAGCUUGUCUCCUCAACCAAGUGCUAUCGCACUCGAUGGCAAUGGACAGCCCCAGAUCAUCACCGCGCGACCCCCGUGCGCACCCAUUGAUCUAUCUUCACGCAGUGUGCUAGCUUGUGGCAUCUCAUCGAGUGACUCAGAUGUGCGAUCGAUUCACCCACUGUCUGAGCAUAUUUCACCAAUCUCAGACCUGAUCGGGAACAUUAGGUCACGCGUCUGCUCGACUUCGCAAGAGCAUGGCGCAAACUCAAAUGGUCAGCUGUUCGUGUCAAAGAAUAGUGAUUGCGAGCCUGUCCCAAGCCACGAGAACCGGGAACGCGCCAUGGCUCUCGGGGCUAUGGGUGUUCCUCUUACUGCUAAAGAAGCGCUCACUCUAUGCACAAUCAAUCAAUCCCGGUGCAAAGAGGGUUAUUUGUUUGAUGAGGCUCGAAACCGAAAGGUGGCAUCUGAUGAUCAAGCUCUACAAGAUUUUUGGGAUUGGGUUGAACGUGCUCGAACUGAGUCUUCUGGGACGUCAAUGGUUGUCAAGGGCUUAGACCUGAAUUAUCUAGGUGUGAACAAUGUUUGGAAUAAUGACCUGGGUAAUGGUUUCGAACAACGUUGUAUCAGCGCUAAGAAAGCCGAUGUUAAAUCAGUUGCGGAUGCAGUAGCAACUUUGGCAAUUCAGUUGGACCUCCCCGAGACUAAAGGUUGCGACACGGCUUACCCUGAUCACCGCCGGCUCUGUCUCCGUCUCUGUGGUGCGACGCAAUCUUACCAUGAGCUGGAGGAAUCAGUGAAAGCUUUAUCUGGUGAAGACCAGCAUACCAAGGCUGCUGCACUGGCUGUCUUCCAAGAUGAGCCUAAGCUGGCUUACCUUGGACUGCGAAGUAACAACCCUACUCAAGCUCAUAAAUUGCUUGCCAUGGCGAUCGCCGGUGCCUCCAAGGGGGACAAUGACACAGACUGGGAGGAAACCUGUGCGGAAAUCGCGAAGGAGCUCACCGAUCCAUAUGCCCGGGCGAUCCUAGCCCUUGUGAGCAAAGGUGACUGGAACUCAGUUAUCAAAGAAACCACGCUACCUCUCAAGUAUCGUGUAGAGGUUGCGCUACGCUGGCUUCCAGAUGACGAACUGACUGAGUAUCUGAAAGAUGCUACAAGCCAAGCGAUUCGCCAAGGCAAUAUUGAAGGAGUUGUACUCACUGGCUUGGGUCAUUUGGCCAUGGGUCUGUUCCAAUCGUAUAUUGGGAAAUUCAACGAUGUCCAAACUCCCGUGCUAGCAAUGAGCCAUACCGUGCCGCGGUUUAUUAACAACCAAAAACACAUUGUCCAGUUCGAGGCCUGGCGCGAGACCUACCGGCGACAAAUGAACUCAUGGAAACUCCAACUUGAGCGAGCCCGCUUCGACGUCAGCUCUCGUCGUUUCGCCGUGACUGCGGAUGGUCGCAAACUCGUACCACCACCGCCGCAGCAGGUCAGCCUCACCUGUAACUACUGCACAAAUCCGCUCACUCAGCACGAUGCUUCAUCUCAGCUCUCGCCAUCUACUAAGAGUGCAGAGACUGUUCAUCCCACCACCGGGAACCCACUGGCAGCCCCGAUCAUGUCUGGGACUUUGUGUCCGCGUUGUGGUCGACAUAUGCCACGCUGCGGCGUCUGCACCUUGUGGUUGGGUUCACCGGAUCCGAUGUCACGCGCUGGUAUUGCUGCUGAAGCCGAGGCGGGCUCUCGCAAGCCCACUGAGACUGAGGUGAUGCGACGCCUACUUCUACGACAUGCCGCGGAGAAGGAAGGGCUGAAGAUGAACGCGCAGGGUUAUGCGAGCGUGCCAGAUGUGUUAAAUUGGAGGAAACUCAAGUCACUAAAAGUCACCUUCCCCGAGAUUCUACACGCCGUCGAGUCAUCCGAUAAAAAGCGCUUCGCCCUCCUUCACAUUCCAUCCGCACAACCCACCAAAUCCACAACCCAAGCAACAACAAUACCAGUGACAGCCCCCGAUGCAGAGCGCGAUGCCAACACUAUCGUGGGUGAAUCCCAACCCGAGACAACAGUCUUGGAAUCCGCACCCGCCACAAGUGAAGCCCAACAAACAGCCACCGACCAAGCAUUAUCCGUGAAAGACACCGACCCGUCGAACUUUUUAAUUCGCGCAACCCAAGGCCACAGCAUCAAAACCGUAGAUGCUGCCUCCUUCCUCGAGCCGCUUUCCCUGUCCGACGAAUCGAAACUACCCGAUACUGUCGUCCACGGCACGUUCCACGCGACCUGGCCUGCGAUUCUACAAUCCGGUGGUCUACGCUGUAUGGGACGGAAUCACAUUCACUUCGCUACUGGUCCAUCAUUAGAAUCGGUGCUUGCUACUCACACCGAUGAUGCUCCGCAGGGUAAACCCAAGCCCGACUCAGGCGUCAUCUCGGGCAUGCGGCGCGAUGCGCAGGUUUUGAUCUAUAUUGAUAUACGCAAAGCGCUGGCAGCAGGGGUGCCGUUCUGGCGCAGCGAGAAUGGGGUCAUUCUUAGUGAGGGUAUACCUGUUUCGAAGAGUGGGCAGGCUGAGAAGGAAGAACAGAAGUUCGUCGGGUUGGACUUUUUCGAUGUGGUAGUAGAGCGCAAGGUUGGACUGGGUAAGAUCUGGGAGCAUGGUGAGGUUUUGCAGGAACUGCCGGAGAAUCUCACAAAGAAGGGAAAUCCUAAAGCCCGGCGAUGA